GUAAAAGUGAAAAGGUGUUGUUCACCACAGCUGUGCGAUCUGUCAAAGUAAGAUCGUCUGUACAUCAAAAGAAAAUAAAGUCUUCAACUUUCUUUCAGUGCAAUUAACUUUCCAAUUAUGAAAUCGACAUUAUUGUGCAAACAUUUAAUGAAUUUAGGUGUAAGCCGACAGAUUCAUACGACAUGUAGGAAUAUGUUUGGUUUGGUGCCGAUUGUGAUCGAGCAAACGGGUCGCGGAGAGCGCUCAUAUGAUAUUUUCUCACGUUUGCUGAAAGAACGGAUCAUUUGUUUAAUGGGUGGCAUCAAUGACAGUAUCAGCUCGUUGAUUGUCGCUCAAUUGUUGUUUUUGCAGUCGGAGAGCAGCACAAAACCAAUCCAUAUGUACAUUAACUCGCCCGGAGGCAGUGUUACCGCUGGCAUGGCCAUUUAUGACACUAUGCAAUACGUAAAACCACCAAUCGCUACAUGGUGUGUUGGACAAGCCGCUUCGAUGGGAUCCUUGUUACUUGCUGCUGGUGAAGCUGGCAUGCGACACUCGUUACCAAACUCCAGAAUUAUGAUUCACCAACCGUCUGGUGGAGCUCAAGGUCAAGCGACUGAUAUUCAAAUCCAGGCCGAAGAAAUCAUUCGAAUGAAGAAAGCUCUCACUGAAAUCUAUUCGAAGCACACGAAACGGCCAUACGAUGAACUCUACAACUAUAUGGAACGUGAUAAAUUCUUGACACCAGACGAAGCCAAAUCAUUGGGUAUUAUCGAUAGUGUUUUGAAACAUCCACCACCCGUUCCGGAAAACGAAAAUAAACCAUAAAAUAUGUACCAUUUUCAUUGUGUGUAUGCAUUUAGAUUUAUAGACCAUUAUGAAUCCAAUUCAAAUGUUGAAUAAAUAUUAUGGGGAUUGUUCCAUCUUUUAUAUUUUA